AUGAGUGAGUUAAAGAAUUUUAUUGUCAAUGACAAUGAAAUCGAGGAGGAGAAGGAUGAGAAUUAUCCGGAAAUAAUUUUGAAUCAUAAAUAUGAUGGUAAACAAUUGGCUUAUUUGAUUAAAUGGGACAAUUUGUCGGAAAGUUAUAAUAGCUGGGAAAAUGCGCAAACGAUAAAUGAUACCGUAAUGUUAUCAACCUAUUGGAACGAAUGGAAAAGGAAAAGGGACUCACUUGAACAUCCAUCAGCACGAAUAAAAAGAACAUGUUAUGCAUAUGCCGAUCCCAAUAUCUUGAUUGAUUGGAACGAAGAGAUUGACGAAAUCGAGUCUAUUAGACACAACGACUCGGGCCAAUUGGUUUCUUAUGUAUUAUGGAAAUCCGGGUUGAGAAGCGUGCAUUUGUUGGAUGAAUUGCAUGAAAAGGCUCCCAAAAAGAUGUGCAAAUGGUAUUCCAGCCAUCUCAGGUUUUUGGAUAACAAGGAUUUACAUAAUUGGCAUUAG